CUAGUUGGUCUUUCUCUCUUCAACCACUCUAUAAAAUGACCGUAUAGUAGUAUAGAAGCCAACCCAGAAACCCUAGUACCUUUCCUAUAAAAAAGAAACAUUGUGUACAGCAAUGGGGAAAGGAUGCACAGAUUCAAAGCUCAAGGUGGCUUAUAUAGGCUAUAUCGAGGUUGUGCCAAAGAACUACGGAGGGAAUUCAAAAGCUUCUUUCUGCAACAUAGCUCCGAAGCAAUGCAAUAGUCAUCAACGGACUACAGCGAACUAUGGAGGAAAUUCAAAAGCUUCUUACAAAACCGUAGAUCCGGGUCAAUCCAAUAGUCAUCAAGGGACUACAAAGAACCACGGAGGGAAUUCAAAAUCCUCUUACAGCAAUAUAGCUCCGCGCCAAUCCAAUAGUAACCAAGGGCCUACGAAGAACUAUGGAGGGAAUUCAAAGCCUUCUUACAAGGGUAUAGCUCCUUCCCAAUCUAGCAGUCACGAAUGGACAACAAAGAACAGUAUUGUGAACAAGCAGACUGGUGGUUAUAUGCGCACAACAAUGAAGGAGAGCAGUUCUACUGGUGAUGUAUUCAAGGGGAGAUUCACUGGAAGGGUUGGCUACAAGGAUGAGUACAAAACCACCUCUUCUUUCAGGGUUGGUGACAAAAAUGGCUACUUUGAGUACCAGAAGGAAGAGAGGUUUCGCAGGGUUGAUUAUGGAAAAGGCAGCGGCAGCAGGGAAAAAAGCAGCAACUCCUCCAGCAACAAGUAUUUGAAGUAGUAACUCUUAUGAGUUUUGUGGGUCUUUAUGCCAAGCAUCAAUAUGGAAUCUAGGACUGUUUGUAUAUGUGAAUAUGUUCUCUAAGUUGGGUAUUAAACUUAGUCCUCUGGUUUAUGUAAUAGACUAAGCCAGAACAGUUUGCUUUUACAAUUUGCUAGUAUGACUGUGUUAAGAACUUUAAGGAUUUGCUUUAAGUUGUGGUUGGCAUGACUAUCUAUUUAUAAUAUGAAUUAGCUCUCUGGUUGAUGCUUA